AUGCACGACUUCGACUACGACGUCGUCAUCGUCGGCUGCGGCGUCGGCGGCCACGGCGCGGCGCUGCACGCGCGGUCCCAGGGCCUGAGCUGCGCCGUGCUCUCCGGCGGCGACGUCGGGGGCACGUGCGUGAACCGGGGCUGCGUGCCGUCGAAGGCGCUCCUCGCCGCGUCGGGCCGCGUGCGCGACAUGGGCGACGAGAAGCAUUUGGAGUCCAUGGGCAUCACGGUGCCGGGCGGCGUCGAGUUCGACCGCGCGGGCAUCGCGGCCCACGCGGAGCAGCUCGUGAACAAGGUCCGCGGCGGCCUCGAGGGGUCCCUGGGCCGCCUGGGCGUCGAGCUCAUCCCCGAGUUCGGCGCGUACGGCGGGCCCAACACCGUCGAGCUCGGCAACGGCAAGAAGGUCACGGCCCAGGACAUCAUCCUCGCCCCGGGCUCCGUGCCCUUCGUGCCGCCGGGCGUGACCAUCGACGGCGAGACGGUCUACACGUCCGACGAGGGCCUGCGCCUGGAGCACGUGCCCGAGUACUGCGCGAUCAUCGGCAGCGGCAUCAUCGGCCUCGAGUUCUCCGACGUCUACACGGCGCUCGGCUCCGAGUGCACGCUCAUCGAGGCGCUGCCCAAGCUCAUGCCCGCUUUCGACCGCGAGAUCGCCAAGCAGGCCGAGCGGCUCCUGCUGACGCCGCGCGGCAUCGACUACCGGACCGGCGUCUUCGCGUCGAAGGUGACGCCGGGCAAGCUCGGCGAAAAGCCCGUCGUCAUCGAGAUGAUCGACGCGGAGACGAAGGAGCUCGUCGAGGUCCUCGAGGUGGACACGUGCAUGGUCGCCACGGGCCGCGUGCCGAACACGGGCAAGCUCGGGUUGGACAAGCACGGCAUCGAGACGCCGCGGGGCUUCGUGCAGGUCGACGAGACGAUGCGCGUGCUCGCGGGCCCCGGCGGCGCCGUCGCCGACGAGCACCUCUACUGCAUCGGCGACGCCAACGGCAUCCAGAUGCUCGCCCACACGGCGUCGACCCAGGGCGUCAGCGCCAUCGAGAACAUCUGCGGCCGCAAGCACGUCGUCAACCACGAGGACAUCCCCGCGGCGUGCUUCACGCACCCGGAGGUCGCCCAGGUCGGCAUCGACGAGGACGCGGCGAAGGACCGCGCCGAGGCCGAGGGCUUCGAGCUCGGCAAGGCCGUGGGCCACUUCCGCGCGAACUCCAAAGCGCUCGCGGAGGGCGAGGGCGACGGCAUCGCCAAGGUGCUCUUCAACAAGGACACGGAGCAGAUCCUCGGCGUCCACAUCAUCGGCCUCCACGCCGCGGACCUCAUCCAGGAGUGCGCCAACGCCAAGGCCGCCGGGACGACGGUCCGCGAGCUCGCCUUCACGACGCACACGCACCCGACGCUGUCCGAGGUCAUCGACGGCGCGUUCAAGGAGUGCGUCGGCAUGCACGCCCACUAG